UUUCAGUGCGGCUUGGGUGCUAUGGUUGUUUAAAGGGCAAUUAAAAUACAAUACAAUUUUGUGUAAAAAAACUUUUGGCUUGCUAGAGUGUGUUAUUUAAUUUCCAGUGUAGAUUCAAGGGGAUAAAAUUAAACAGCUUUGAUAAGAUUGUCCUCUAUAGCUUUAAAGUAUUGUUGGGUAUUGUAUAUGGGAAUCUCCGGGAUGAUUCGCUAUGGGGGCAUGCCUAACAUUGGAACGUGAAGAAGGAAGAGCCAAGAGAAGAAGUGAAGAAAUUGAUCGACAGCUUGGUGAAUUUGCAAAACAACAAAAUAAUGUUAUCAAAAUUUUGCUCCUUGGCGCGGGGGAAAGUGGGAAAAGUACCUUGGUUAAACAGAUGAAAAUCAUUCACGCAGAUGGAUUUACACAUGCUGAGUUAAGCAGCUAUCGGCCAACAGUAUUAGAUAAUUUACUUUCAUCCAUGAAAUAUGUGUUAGCAGGAAUGGGUUUACUUCGUAUUAACUUGGAAUAUAUUAGAAAUAAAAUUCAUGCUAAAAACGUGCUUGCUGCUGAUAGUUGUUUUGAUAUGAGUUUCCAAGUACUGCCUGAUGUAGCUGCAUCUCUACAAGCUUUGUGGUCUGAUAGAGGAGUUAGGUUGGCAGUAGCAAGGGGAUAUGAGUAUGAGUUAAAUGAUUCUGCUUUAUAUUUAUUUGAAAACAUGGAACGAAUCUGUGAUCCAAAAUAUGUGCCAAAUCCUACAGAUGUUCUCAGAGCCAGAGUUCGUACCCAAGGUAUUAUUGAAACCCAGUUUCGCAUUCAAGAUAUAAUUGUGAGUAUGUAUGAUGUCGGAGGACAAAGAUCUCAAAGGCGUAAAUGGAUUUAUUGUUUCGAUGAUGUUAGAGCUGUAUUAUUUGUUAUUUCACUCAGUGGAUAUGAUAUGACAUUGAUUGAAGAUCCUACAGUUAACAGAUUAGAGGAAAGUCUAAAUUUAUUUGGCCAAAUAGUCAAUAACCCUUUUUUCAGAGAAGCGUCCUUUGUUUUAUUCCUCAACAAAUUUGACCUUUUUCGUGAGAAAAUCGUUUAUUCACAGAGACAUUUGAGACUGUAUUUUCCUGAUUACAAAGGACCAGAUAAAGAUGUAGAUAGGGGGGCCCUGUUUAUACAGCACAAAUUUAUUUUAAGAAAUAGUGAUUCUAGGAAAGUUUUAUAUCCCCACUUUACUACUGCCACUGAUACAGCUAAUGUGCAAGUGGUUUUCCAGUCUGUGAUGGAAAUGGUAAUAUCUGCCAACAUGGGUCAGGUUACUUUGCUCUGAAAGUUAGAUGAAAAAAAUUCACUGCCUUUAAGUAACAGCGAUACUCAAAGUAGAUCUUAAUAGACAUAGCUUUUAUUUUCUAUCUUAUGAUUUACAAAAUUUAAAUUUAAACUUUUUGAAUAGUUAGUUUUGUUCAUUUUCGAUGUUAAGAUGUGUACACUUUUUAUUUGUGUAGUUUAUCUCAUUGUCCGUACAGAAUAAAUUAUUUCAGAAUGCACAAACCUUUUCUUGCCAACUUUUUUCGUAGUUGAAACUGGAAAAUGAUUAAUUGUGAUAUUACUAAGGUUCUAUGUGCAUUUGUUUUUACAAUUUUUUAUUUUCACCUUUAAUGCCAUAAAAAUGUCGAUUUUAAAACAAAAUAUUUAGAUUUAGUUUAAAGCUUUAGGUAAUUGUUAUUAUUAUCCUGCUACAAAGGCAUAAUUUUUUUUUGUGAAUAUUAUGCUUUUUGUUUUUCGAUCUCUCUGUUUGUGUUCACUUAUUUGAAUUAAAUUCAACUCUAGGCAAUUAAUUUUGAUGUUUUGAUUUUUUAUUAGCCAAGAAAAUUUGGAAUUAUUUUCACCAUUUAGGAAAUUGUAAUUUCCAGAUUGAAAAUUGCAUUUCCCUAUCAAAUUGAAUUUUCUAUAAAAAUGAGUGGUUCCCUAUUACCCCAUUCUUCUUUUUUCGUUGGAAAAAAUGUCAGUCCAUUAUGAAACUGCAAUUGCAAUCUGUGAUAAAAGUAGCCUUACAAAUAGUGCACAUAUUUUUAAAUGUGAUGGGAGCAUUUAACUGUAAUACUUGCCUCUGCAUUUGUAGACAUUUUGUGCAGCCAAUAAA